AUGGCUGCUGCUGUCGUUUGUCGCAAUCGCAAGAGAUCGUUUGUCGAUGAAAUUCAGCCGGCUUACAAGAAGUCACGGAGCUCGCUGUCGGCCAUGGCCUCUCGAUUUUCUUACUCGCCGCCGGUUCAGCCUGGUCCACUUGAUCAACUUCGGGCUGUUUUUCCUGAUACAGAAAUUCAGCCUCUGGAGAGAGCACUGAAAGAGUCCGGCAAUGAUUUGGGUCUGGCUGUUAUGAGAAUCCAUCUUCAUCUCGAACAAGUCAAAGAGAAUGCAAAUAUGGACAAUAAAUGGGUUGAUUUGAUUGUGAAGGAGAUGAUUGGUGCCACUAACAUAGAUGACGCAAAAACCAGGACAGCCACCAUGUUGGAGACCUUGGUGAAAUCCAUGAGCUCUCGUGUGAGUGCCCAAGCUGCCGAGGAUUUUGGAAAGGAAAACUUGAUGCUUAAGGAGCGAAACGAAGUACUUGUAAGAGAAAAUGUGGUCCUAAAGCGUGCAGUUGGCAUCCAGUUUGAGCGCCAGAAGGAGAACGAUUUGCAAAUCCAAGAAUUACACCAAUUGAAGCAGUUGGUGGGUCGGUAUCAGGAGCAAUUGCAAAGUCUUGAGAUGAAUAACUACGCCUUGAAAUUGCAUUUGAGCCGAGCUCAGAAUAACAAUCCCAUGCCAGGAAGGAUCCAUCCAGAUGUAUUUUAG